UGGGCUCUAUUGCCACUGAGGUCCCUCCCCUCCCGCAAACGCUGCCCUCCCCAGGCUCCGUGGGCCCCCUGCCUGGGUUGGUGUUAUGGGGCCCCCUCCUCUUUGAGGUCUUUGGAGGACAGGGCUAGGUUCAAGCAGCUGGAGGGGGGGCGUCCCUCAAGGCCAGCCCGGGGCGCAGUCCCCGGAGAUUGCUGACCUCUCCCUGCAGGCCCCAAAGACACCUUUGGUCCUCGGGUGGGCCCUGCGCGUGGUGCAGGGGAUGGAUGCCCAGCUGAGCUGGGGAGGGCAGGGACUUGGCUUGCUUUGCUGUGAAGUCCAGCUAAAAAUAACUCCGGUGUUUGAGCAGAGGCCUCUUCUGGCCUGCGUGCCAGGCACAGGGAGCGUCCCACCUGGGAAUGCCCAGGCUUGCUAUGCCCUGCCGGGGCCUGCGUGCCGCCUCGUUGCGGGGGCUCUCUGUAGCUUCUGCCUGGCUGGCGUGGGGCCCUCUUGUCACACGUGGGCUGGGUUGCCUGUGCCGUGCCCUCUGCAGCCUGUGCGCCCUUGUGCUGUACCCCUGGAAAAGGCCUGGUGAUGCCUCGGUGUUGCUUCCUGAGCCCUGGGAGGGCUGCCCCGAACGGAGGAUCUACAGGGGAGGAGAUGCCGAAGCUGAGCUGCUCACCGUCUACACCAAGCCCUGCUCCUUUCAGGUUGACCUGGCCUGGCUGGCGGCUGAGAGUGCUUAUUUCAAGGCCCUCUCUCGGUCCCGCAUGCAGGAGGCAGCAGGCGGGCAGCUUCACCUGGACCACGUGCCCUCAGGGGCUUUCCAUGCCAUCCUGCAGUGGGUUUUCUUAGGGCGCUUCAGUCUGGCAGAAGAGGAGCUCUUGCCAGCUGUGCAGGCUGCCAGCUACCUGCUGCUACCGCGAUUCCUGGACCGGUGCUGGGAAGCUUUGCGCCCGCUGCUGGGCCCCCAAAACUGCUUUUCUUACUUGCACUUUGCUGAGGCGGUGGGCUGUCCUGAGCUGCGGGCAGAGGUGUGUAGGUACCUGAGCGCUCACCUGUUGGAACUGGCAAGGCCUGUCACACACCAGUUGGCCCCACAGAUGAAAGAAGAGCUGGCCCGGCUGCGGCUGGAUGGCCCUCCCAGGCUCUGUGUGCUCCAGAAGGAGAACGUGAGUGGGGCCCCACUGCCACCCUUGCGUGGCCUCUACUGCCGCCCCCUGCCCCCGGAGGAGGGGGAUUGGCACUGUGCCACCCACCUGCCCUUCCAGGCUGAAAAGUGGAGCUUCAGCACAGCACAGCUUCUGAACUACCUCUUCAUCAUGGGGGGCUACCGGGAGAAGAGGGGGGCUCGUGGAUUCAUCUUCCGCAUGGCCGCUUUCCGCUACAAUCCCCUGACGGACGUGUGGCACCCCACUGCCCCUCCCAAGAAGCGCCGACGGCACUUCAGCACUGCCGUUGUUGGGCAUCACAUCUACGCCAUCGGCGGCUGGUAUUUAGAUUCCCUUUUGGCUCCAGACAGCAGCACCUGCCUCUACACAGCCGUCGAGCGCUAUGACCCCUGGACUGACAGCUGGGCCUUUGUCUCAUCGCUGCCCAUGGGGGACUUCUCCUUCACCAUCUCGCUGUCCCAUGACCUGCCACUCUGCACAGCUCACGCCGGGUCCAUCUACACGCUGGGCACUGUGCAGCGCACUGGAGAGAAACUUCUUCUGUGCUACGACGUGGCCACUGAUACCUGGCAGGAGCUCCUACCAACUCUGACGCGGGCAGAUGCGGACCUGCCUGGGCUGUACUUCCUGGGUGGCACAGAGCCGCUCUUCGUGGUGGGCAGCAGCUCUCGGGACAACGUGGUGACUUCUUUCAGCGUGGCUUCGCACCAGUGGGGCCCUGUGCGAUCUCUGCCCAAGUGCAGCUUGGCUGGGCAGGGCCUGGUUUGGGAGGGGCUUCUCUACAUGGCUUCCCCUGACUUGGGGGCCAUAUUGCAAGCAGACCUGAGCAGGCCUGCCUGCUGGCUGCUGCUGCCUCCACCCCCCUUUCCCCUCUGCUACGAGGCCCUCUUUCUGCUUCACUUCCCCCAGGCUGCCACCACUGGAGAAAGGGCAGCUGAGCAGGGCGAGGAGGAUCCCCAGAGGUGAAGGGAGCUCCCCCACACACACACUUCUUCAGGACUGCUCCCCACUUCCUGGCCCAUUUUGACUCAUGGCUGGUUUUCUUUGCACUGAGAAUGGGCAGCAUCUGUUAGGUUUGCUUUAUCUACAAAUGCACAAGCAGACAUCACUGGAGGGGAGGAGUGGCUGCUACAGGCGGCAGAUGUGCCCUGCCGCCUCCCCUCUGCCCUCCCCUUUGAUGGCACUUGAUGGCCAAGCCCCCCCUCCCCCGCCAGACCCAUUCACCCUUAUCGCACCACAAACGCACAACAGGGGCUGGGCGGUCUGAGGCCACAAACUGCGGCGGGUGGCUUCUUGCCCAUCAUGGUUGCAAAGUCGACCUUUUUGUGAGCUCCCAGUACCUUGAAUGGUCGUAGUUGACCGGAUGCCCCUACGUAGCUCAAGCUAUUUAGGCUGCUCGCUUACAAGACUUACAGGACCUCUUUCCCAGGGGAUCAAAUUGACAUAACGGAGCGACGUCAUUUCUUGGCACACAGCAAGCAGCCCCGGGCCCUUCGGUGGGCGCCACGUCCACUGAAAUGACAGGAUCCUGCUCCCUUUAUCAUCACUUUGCAUGGAGUCAGUUCUUGGGGGGUGGGGGUUGCUGGCACACAGUGAAUCAGUCCUGGAUUUUACCUGCCAACAGUCACAACCGUCAGGCUCUGGUUUGUUGAUGGGAGUUCACAGGUCUCUGGGCAUGUUUUAGUUUUUGACAUUCGCUUGACGCGUACGGAGCAUUUUCAACUAGCGAUGUGCUUUGCAGUCUAAAACGAUGCGCUCUCUCCCACAUCCAAGCCCGUCCACCUGCUGGCUUUCUAGGGGAGCAAGAACUCUUGCGAUGGUGCAAGUUUACAUCGCCCGGGAAUGCUGUGCUUGCAGGCUUCUGGGGAAAGGGGUGUUUUGAAGGGACUGUUUCACAGACUGCCUUCUUGUCGUUGUCAUUAAUUAAUAACUGUACUUACAUACCACUCUUCUAGAUAGAUUGGUGCCCCAUUCAGAAGGAUGAACAAAGUCAGUGUUGUUCUUAUCCCCGCAAUACAGCUGGGGCUGAGAGCAGUGGCUUACCAGGGCCUCCUGCUGAGCUUGUGGCAAUAGUGGGAUUUGAACCAGCAGAGUGCUGAUUUUAAAGAGUUAUUCUGUUCUUCUCAACCAAAGAUGUCCUCCAAAUAGCUAACAAACAAAACAAAAUUGAUAAACCACCUAUACAGCCUGACAUCAAUAAAAGACAGAGGGAACAGCCCAAAAAUCAAUUGGCUCAAAAAAAAGAUGAAAAGGGAGGGCCGAGUUAAUAAAGCCAAGCAGGGGCAAAAUUAAAUAGCUCCUGAAGCCUGGAUGAGCAACUGCCUUUCAGCAGGCUGGGUACCAUCUGUGAGGAGGGAGUCCAUAGCUGAGGUGCCACCACCGACCAAGCCCUGCCUCUGCUAACCACCCAUCAAUUAGUGCAAAAUGCUGCAGCUCGACUGUUAUCAGGAGCGAGCAGGAGCAUGAACAUCACUCCCAUCCUACAGCUGCUCCAUUGGCUACCUAUCAGUUACCGUGCUCAGUUCAAGGUAUUGGUUAUUAUAUACAAAGCUCUUCAAUGCCUUGGUCUGGCAUAUCUCUGGGACUGCCACCCUCCCUAUGUUCCUCCACAGCAGCUUCGCUCAUCUGAACAGGGUCUCCUGCAGGUGCCAGGCUGCACACGGGUGAAGUCAACAGCAGUCCGUACAAGGGCUUUCUCUGUGGUGGCCCCUAUCCUGUGGAACGGCCUGCCUGAGGAGGUCAGGAGAGCCCCCACUCUCUUGGCUUUUCGUAAACUAUGCAAAUCCGAACUAUUCAAAAAGGGUUUUUACUCAAAUGGGAGGGCUGUAUCAUAGGGAGGGGUCUCAGAUGCUUCGCUAAUGAGUUACAGACCAUAGACCUUCAUCACUAUAUUGCCUUACAUAUUAUCUGCUGCUUUAAAUAUGUACUCCUAUGUACCACCAGUGCUCCCUGUUGUCUGUUAACCCUAGAAUUGAUUAUGUUCUGCUUCAGUAUUUUUUCUGCUCUGUAUCGGAUUCUUGCUAAUACUACGUCUUCUAAACUUGUAUCUAUUUACUCUAUGGCAUGGUCUAUGGAAAUGCCCUUGAAAUUGACUCUACUAAUCUCACACUCUGUAAUCCACCUUGAGUCUCUGUAAGAAAGGCGCACUAUACAUGACAUAAAUCAAUAAAAUAAAUAAAAAAUUUA